CUUCCUCCUCCUCCUCCUCCGCCUCUUCGGAAACGGGAUGUGAUGUAAAUACACAGAAACUUUUUUUCUGUCCCUCUCUCCUUGGUGUAUGUCUUCUUCUUUCAACAAACUGCUGCGUUAAAAGUAGAAUAAGAGCAAAAGAAGUAAAGUAAAAAGUCGCGUAAGUGAAGCAUCCGGGAGGUAAAGCCACCGUUAGUUUUGUCCACCAUGAUCCUGUGAGCUCCUACGUCUGUCUCCGACAACAAACUCAAGAGGAGCCGGACUGCACUCCGAGAAAAACGAAUCGAAGCGGAGAGAGGCUCGCUGCUGGUGUGGACCCGGAGGGAAACUGCGGACAGAGAUGUAGCGUGUGUGUUGGUGUGAUCGGCGGACCAUCAUGCACCUCUUCUUGCUGCUGAUCCUUCAAGCUACAGCAGCCAUCGGACAGAUUGAUCCCGCACACUGUCGCUACCCCUUGGGCAUGGAGGAUCGACGGAUCAAAGAUGAUGCGCUCAAAGCAUCCAGCCAAUGGCACGAAACAACAGGACCACAGUACGCCAGGUUGAAUCGUGAGGAGGGAGACGGCGCCUGGUGUCCUGCAGCGCUGCCAUCAGUCAGUCAGUACCUCGAGGUGGAUCUCGGCAGACUCACCUUUCUGACGGUUAUUGGUACUCAGGGACGAUAUAUCAGGAACUCUGGGAAUGAGUUUGCCCGAGAGUAUCGCGUAAACUACAGCAGGGACGGCAAGCUGUGGAAGUCCUGGAGGAAUCGGCAGGGGAACGAGAUUAUUGAGGGAAACAAAGACGCCUACACCUCUGUCAUAAAGGACCUCCGCCCUCCGAUAGUCACCCGCUACGUCCGGCUGCUCCCCGUGACCAGACUGUCCACCACCGUCUGCAUGAGAGUGGAGCUGUACGGCUGUUCAUGGGACGAUGGGCUGAUAUCCUACAGCGCUCCAGAGGGUCAGCGGAUGCAACCGCCGGGUUAUCCCAUCGCCAACCUCAAUGACUCCACAUAUGAUGGAGUACACGAAAGGGGGAAGCUUUUCGGCGGCCUGGGUCAGCUGACGGACGGCGUGAUCGGCCAAGAUGACUUCACACGGACCCACGAGUACAGCGUGUGGCCUGGCUAUGACUACCUGGGCUGGAAAAACGACUCGCUGGAAUACGUGGAGAUGGAGUUCGUGUUCGACAGGCAGAGAAACUUCACCUCGAUGAAGGUCCACAGCAACAACAUGUUCUCCCGCGAUGUGAAGAUCUUCUCCUCGGUCUCCUGUUGGUUUAAGCCCCACUUUGUACCGGAGGCGGGGCCUGUGGAGUUCAGGACGGUGCUGGAUGACCGGAAUCCGAGUGCUCGCUACGUCACCGUGGAUCUGAACCACCGCACUGCCAAAUCCCUCCGCUGCCACUUUUACUUUGCUGACGUCUGGAUGAUGUUUAGCGAGAUUUCCUUUCAGUCGGUGGAUACCAUAUUCCUGACCCAAAUGACAUCUCCUCUACCCACUAAGGACACCAUCACAACACCUGCACAGAAGACAGCCGCUGCUCCAUCAGCUAGUGCCACACCAGAUGAUGGGAAAACACCCAUCCUUAUUGGCUGCCUGGUAACCAUCAUCCUUUUGUUGGUCAUCAUCAUCUUUCUCAUCCUAUGGUGUCAGUACGUCUGCAAGGUAUUAGAGAAGGGUCCACGUCGGAUUCUUGAUGAGGAGGUGACGGUCCGGCUGUCGUCCUGCAGUGACACCAUCAUUUUACAGACUCCACCUGUGCCCCCGCGCUCUGGACGCGCCCCGACUGGUCCUGUGAACACUGACCCUCACUAUGAGAGAAUUUUCCUGUUGGACCCUCAGUACCAGAACCCAGCGGUGCUGAGAAACAAACUUCCAGAGCUGUCACAGAGCGCAGAGGCAUCUGCUCUCCUCCUUGGUAAUCCUCUCUAUGACCUCCUCCUGCUGACUUCCUGUCAUAUGACAUCAGGAUGGCUUCGUGGGGACCUAACCCUGAGAGCAUGUGGAGGUGGCUAUGCUGAGCCAGACAUCACCCAGUGCACGCCGCACCAGUGUUUCCAUAGCAAUGCGCCACACUACGCUGAGACGGACAUCGUGCGGCUGCAGGGCGUCACUGGCAGCAACAUGUACGCCGUCCCCGCCCUCACCGUGGACUCUCUCACCAGGAAGGACAUCUCCGCUGCCGAGUUUCCUCGGCAACAGCUGAUCUUCAGGGAGAAGCUGGGGGAGGGGCAGUUUGGCGAGGUCCACCUGUGUGAGGCGGAGGGACUCCCAGAAUUUCUUGGGGAAGGCUCGCCCCUCCCUGACCGAGACGGUCACUCUGUGCUUGUGGCUGUUAAACAGCUGAGGGCCGACGCUACCAGCCAAGCCAGGAACGACUUCCUGAAGGAAAUAAAGAUUAUGUCUCGUCUGAAUGACCCCAACAUCAUCCGACUGCUGUGUGUGUGUGUGUCGUCCGACCCACUGUGCAUGGUUACUGAGUACAUGGAGAACGGAGACCUCAACAUGUUCCUGUCGCAGCGGGAGAUCGAGAGCACUCUUACACAUGCCAACAACAUCCCUUCAGUCAGCCUGUCUGACCUCCUCCAUAUGGCGGUGCAGAUCUCGUCGGGGAUGAAGUACUUGGCAUCUCUGAACUUUGUGCACCGUGACCUGGCCACAAGAAACUGCCUGCUGGACCGCCGCCUCACCAUCAAGAUUGCCGACUUCGGUAUGAGCCGAAACCUGUACAGCAGCGACUACUACCGUAUCCAGGGCCGGGCGGUGCUGCCUAUACGAUGGAUGGCCUGGGAGAGCAUCUUGCUGGGUAAAUUCACCACAGCCAGUGACGUGUGGGCCUUUGGAGUCACCCUGUGGGAGAUCUUCACUCUGUGUAAGGAGCAGCCCUACAGCCUGCUGUCUGAUGAACAGGUCAUAGAGAACACUGGCGAGUUCUUCAGGAACCAGGGCAGACAGAUCUUCCUCUAUGCCCCUCCACUCUGCCCACCUUCUCUCUUUGAGCUGAUGAUGCGUUGCUGGAGUCGCGAUAUCCCUGACCGACCCACCUUCGAGGGACUUUACCAAGCCCUGAAGCCCCACGUCAACCAGUGAGUCAAGGCUGCUGGGAUCUGCUGGUUGGGAUUUCCGUGGCGGUGGGACUCUUAUAAGAAGACAGACUGACACAAGAGCACAGAGGACUGGAAUUACAGU